AUGGAGCAGACUCGUUUUCUUGAAUCGUCGAUCGAUGGCGGAGCACUUGAGCUAAAAAGGAAGAGAGGGAGACCAUCAGGUUCCCUGUCCCAACCAGUGAGGAGCAAAAUGGAGCAGAAGAUAGCAUUAGUCAACCAAAGGCUCGCCUUGCUUGACAGCAGCAGUAGCAGCAGUGGCAGCGACAAGGAUGACGAGUUUGAGCCGGGGGCUGCAGUAAUCGAUUAUGAUGAUAUGGAUGACGUAGUGGAGGUUGCUCCUUUGAAAAUGCUGAGGCCAAAGGAAGUGUACAGUGAGCAAAGAACGAUUCCUGCCGCUCCUCGAACAUGCAAUACCCAGAAUACUAGCAAUGACCUCACUAAAACCACUAAAGUGUCUGUUAAGGGCCAAAAUAAAUAUCUAAGGUACUCUAGCUCUCCUUGUUUAUGAAAAAACUGCAAGUAUAGUUUUCAAGCUUGUUCAAUCACAGACACCUGUUUUUUUUAAAAAAAAUCUAGUGCUGAGGAGUGCUGUGGAUCUGCUAUGGAGAGAGCUCAGGAGGUACAGGCAAAGUUACCAGCAGAGCAUCCUAGCUUUGUUAAGCAUAUGUUACAAUCACAUGUUGUCCGGGGAUUUUGGCUGGGUCUACCCGCCGACUUCUGCAAUAAGCAUCUCCCAAAGCAUGACACUGGAAUUGUGCUGGAAGAUGAGGAUGGGACCAACCAUGAUACGACAUAUCUAAGUAGUAAACAGGGACUCAGUGCUGGUUGGAGAGGUUUUGCGGUUAACCAUGAUAUCAAAGUUGGCGAUGUUGUGGUCUUUCAGCUUGUGAGAUUAACAAAAUUCAAGGUGUAUAUAUUGAGAGAGAAAAACUUUGGCACAACUGAUGAAGCACUCGGUUUCUUGAGUUAUGAUGCGUGCAAGAAACGGAAGAUAUCAAAAGUUACUGACAAUGCCAAGCCUAAGGAGGAUCCAAAGACUACUAGAGUCAGUAGCAAAGUAGAAAUUACGGACAAUGCCAAGUCUAAGGAGGAUCCAAAGCCUAUUAGAAUCAGUAGCAAAGUAGUUCGUGAUGAUACCCAGAAUUUAGUCAGCGAAGCAAUAGAUGGCAUCAGAUUUUCAGACUCAGAAAUCAGCUUUGAGGAUGUGGCAAGCUUCAGUAACUUCAACAUCAUCGUGGACAGCUUGGUCAUCGACUGCAAAUUCCUGGAUCAUCAACGCAGGACGUACUACGAGCUGUGCUGUUCCCAGAAGUCAUUCCUCCACAAGCAUCUGCUGAGGCAGUUAAACCUCAAGCUGGUUGUGGGGGUGAUCAUGGAGACGAUCAUCAUUGCCGAGGGCAUCAGGGCCUGCAAGGUGAAUACUUCCUCCCAUGAGGACUUUCUGAUCUGGAAGAAGACACUGGAGUCCUUUCAGCUGCUGGGCAUGAACGUCGUGUUCUUGCUCAAGCGCGUCGACGAUCUCCUUGGCCUCGCGGCCCAGCCAAGAGAUCCAUCAGAGUGUGACAAGUACAAUGAGAUGAAGCGGGAGCGGUCUCGCACCGGGGAGAAGAUGAAAGCCCUGGAGUCCAAGAUGUCGACCCUGAAGGAUGCACUGAAGAAGAUUGACGCCGAGAUGGAGGAGAUGGAGUCAAGCCUGAGGAAGUAUGACACUGCGUUGCAGAAGAUCGCCACCGCACCAUGGUGAUCCUGCUACAAGUCUAUAACAACUGCUACUACCUGAAACAUUUUGGGCUCUUCUUUCCGAGUUUCAGAGAAUGGUGAUGAUGAUGAUGAUGCAGUGAGAAACCUUCGUGGUGAAUGACUGUAGUGGUGAAUCCUGCUAAAGCUCUAGGACAAACCACAUUUUUGUGUACAUUUCUUCAGUUGCUACCACGCAGCUCAGUACCUACCUAUAACCUAGGACUGUUCAGCUUCAGCAACCUGUGUAGCAACUAGGAUGCUGUUUUCACACGGCAAAAUCGUGUAACAAAAGUUGUAAAUUUGGGGGGACGAAUGCACUGUAAACAGUAAACAACAGUGCAGGAAAUGCGAGGAAGAAACGCAAUAUUACUGCCCUUAAACUAUUUCUGAU